CCGGACCGCCCGCCGCACCUCUGCGGAAGCCCCAGCGCCUCAGCCAGCCCCGCGGACCCCGGCGACCCGAGCCAGGUGACUGAAACAUGGCGACCACUCCUGCUGCUGCUUUCGAGGCCCUCAUGAAUGGAGUGACAAGCUGGGAUAUCCCCAAAGGCCCUGUCCCCUGUGAACUCCUUCUUACUGGAGAGGCUGCCUUCCCAGUGAUGGUGAAUGACAAGGGCCAGGUCCUCAUUGCCGCCUCCUCCUAUGGCCAAGGCCGCCUCGUGGUUGUGUCCCAUGAGGGCUACCUGCUGGAUGCCGGCUUGGCCCCAUUUCUUCUCAAUGCAGUGGGCUGGCUCUGUCCCUCGCCCGGGGCUCCUGUUGGAGUGCACCCAUCCCUGGCAUCACUGGGACACAUCCUGCAGGGCUCUGGGGUUGAGACACAGAGUCAGCCAGAACCGGGAGAUUCUCUGGGGGUUUACUGCAUCAAUGCCUACAAUGACAGCAUGAUUGCGGAGCUGAUCCAGUUUGUGAAACGUGGAGGGGGCUUGCUCAUGGGGGGCCAGGCCUGGCACUGGGCCAGUCAGCAUGGUCGUGACAAGGUGCUGUCCAAGUUCCCCGGGAACCAGGUGACCAGUGUGGCCGGAGUGUACUUUACCGACACUUAUGGGGACAGAGGCCGGUUCAAGGUCUCUAAGAAGGUGCCCAAGAUGCCACUCCACGUCAGGUGUGGGGAGGAUCUCAGGCAGGAUCAGCAGCAGCUGCUGGAAGGGAUCUCCGAGCUGGACAUCAAGACGGGGGGAUUGCCCUCGCAGCUGCUGGUGCACGGGGCCCUGGCCUUCCCUCUCGGGUUAGAUGCCUCACUUGGCUGCUUCCUGGCAGCUGCCCGCUAUGGCCAGGGCCGAGUGGUCCUGGCUGCCCAUGAGGGCAUGCUCUGCGCUCCCAAGAUGGGGCCCUUUUUGCUCAAUGCUGUGCGCUGGCUGGCUGGAGGCCAGACAGGCAAAGUUGGGGUGAACACACGUGUAAAAAACCUGUGUGCCCUUUUGUCGGAGCACGGCCUGAAAUGCAGUCUGGAGCCCCACCUGACCAGUGACUUGCGUGUCUACUGCUGCGCGGCUUACAGUGACAAGGAGGCUAAGCAGCUGCAGGAGUUUGUUGCCGAGGGUGGGGGCUUGCUGAUCGGGGGCCAGGCCUGGUGGUGGGCCUCCCAGAACCCAGGCCGCUCUGCUUUGGCUGGCUUCCCUGGGAACGUUGUCCUCAACUGCUUUGGCCUCAGCAUCCUCCCUCGGACUCUCGACCCAGGCUGUUUCCCUGUUCCGACCCCCGAGAUGCGGAGAUACCACUUCCGCGAGGCGCUGUCUCAAUUCCACGCUACACUGAACCAUGGGGGUGGGAACUUGGAAAAGAGCUGGCUGGCAAAACUGGGAGUGGAUGGUGCAGCCUUCCUACAGAUUCCUGCAGAGGGGGUCCCUGCUUAUACAUCCCUGCACCGGCUCAUGAGGAAGAUGCUGCGCCUGUCAGGCCUCCCGGCCGUGAGCCGGGAAAACCCAGUUGCUAGUGAUUCCUGUGAGGCUGCCGUGCUCCGCCUGGCCACGGAGCUGGCGUGCUCUGGGACUGACUGCUCCGAGCUGGUGCAGGGGCUUGGGACCGGGACCUGCAGCUCCAGUCUGUCCCCCUCAGAACACCCCAUCACGGUGGAGAUCAAUGCCAGCAACCCAGGUGACGGUGAUUCCUGGGUGAGCACUGGGCUCUACCUCCUAAAUGGACACAGUGCCGAAGUCUCAGUGUCUGAAGCUGCGGCCUCCGCUGGCCUGAAGGUGCAGGUUGGCUGCCACACCGAUGACUUGACCAAGGCCAGCAAGCUGUCUCGAGCCCCUGUGGUGAUUCACCGGUGCUGUAUAGACAGGACCCAACGGUCGGUCUCCUGCCUCUGGGGUGGCCUUCUCUAUGUCAUCGUGCCUAAGGGCAGUAAACUGGGCCCCGUGUCUGUCACCAUCAAGAGGGCUGUGCCUGCCCCGUAUUAUAAGCUGGGUAAGACGUCCCUGAAGGAGUGGAAGAGCUGUAUCCAGGAGAGCCCAGCUCCCUGGGGAGAGCUGGUAACAGACAACAUCAUCUUGACUGUACCGACUGCAAACCUCCGAGCCCUUGAGGACCCGGAGCCCAUACUCCGCCUCUGGGAUGAGAUGAUGCGGGCUAUAGCAAAGCUGGCGGCCCAGCCUUUCCCUCUCCGCCGUCCUGAGAGGAUUGUUGCUGACGUGCAGAUCUCAGCUGGCUGGAUGCACUCAGGAUACCCCAUCAUGUGCCACCUGGAGUCGGUGCAGGAGCUCAUCAAUGAGACAGGCAUGAGAAGCAGAGGUCUGUGGGGCGCCAUCCACGAACUGGGCCACAAUCAGCAGCGGCACGGGUGGGAGUUCCCUCCACACACCACUGAGGCCACUUGCAACCUCUGGUCAGUCUAUGUGCAUGAGACGGUCCUGGGCAUCCCCAGGGCUCAGGCCCACACUGCUCUGAGACCUCCAGAACGAGAGAAGAGGAUCAAAACACACCUGGGAAAGGGAGCCCCCCUCCAUGAGUGGAAUGUGUGGACAGCUCUGGAAACAUAUCUCCAGCUCCAGGAGGCCUUUGGGUGGGAGCCCUUCACCCAGCUCUUUGCUGAGUACCAGACCUUCGCGGGCAUUCCCAGUGACAACACGAGCAAGAUGAAUCUGUGGGUGAAGAAGUUCUCUGAAAAGGUGCAGAAGAAUCUGGCUCCGUUCUUUGAGGCUUGGGGCUGGCCUGUCCAGAAGGAAGUGGCUGGUAGCCUGGCCUGUCUGCCUCAGUGGCAGGAAAACCCCAUGCGGGCGUAUGUCCGUACUAAGGAGUAAAAGAUGGGCAGCAAGGGGCGGAAGUGUAGAGAGGAAUGAUCACUCACCAGCCCCACCACCCAUGUUUCCGGCCUGGUUUACCUGGAGCCUGAAUCCUCUUUCCUAACUUGUCUCCAGGAAGGCGGUUAAGGUCAUAAGACAAAAGGAAACCAACUUUCUCAGGAAAUUUCUCUUGUACUUCUUUGUAUUGUUUCUCUGCUUAUACUAUUGCUCCCACCAAGAGACUUGGUUCACCAUCCUGGUCCUCUAGUGGAGGAUUUUUCAUGUUGGCACCUUGAGUUCCUGCAGGCUCUUGGCUUCUAUUGAUGACCAGUAGUUCUAAAAACCCUGGAUUACCAUAGUCAUCGAUAUCAGUCCCUCACCCCUGCUGGCCGUGAACAAAGCUCUUAAUUUUUUCUGCUUUGAGAAGUUUUCUAAUUGGAAGAGAGACAGACUGGUAUAAUGGACAGAGCCCUGAACUAGCUUUGGUUCUAUGGAAAAUCACUUAACCUCUCUGUGUGUCUGUAUUCUUAUCCAUGACAACAGGAUUAAAAGUCUGUUGUUUGAUGAUGGUGAAGGUGUCAUGCACCGCAACAUGCACACACAUGGAAGGGUAUUCCUUAGCUUUUGCCUGUCUCGUAGUGGCCUGUCUGUCCAGUUUAGUGUGGACAACCUGAAAACUGAAUCUCACUUCAGAGUAGACCACCUUCAGGAUUGCAUUCAGUCCCUGUGUAAGAGUAAAUAAUGAAUAUCAAUGUUGUUCCCACUCACGGUAUCGAUGACAGUGUUGGGGGUCCUAGACCAUCCUGUAUCCUUUCUCCCACCUCUGGAAGGAUUCUUGUGUAUAACCUGACCCAAGGAAUGUGUCAGCUCAGGAGAGAUGGUAUAAACCCAAACUGGAUGUUACAAAGCUAUUAGGGUUUGGUUUUCUUGGUUAGUUCCAUCUUCUAGCACUUUUGUUUCAACCAAAGGUAAAAGUCGCUUGAGCACCCCUACCAAGUCCAUAAAGCUAGUUGUCCUUAGCACAAACAGCGACUGGCUGCUCUGUUCUGAGAGGUCCACGGACAUGACAGGCUUCACUCUGGAACCGGAUUACUGGGUGUGGUGGACCAAAAUAACCCACAGUCACUUAAUGAACCCACAACCCAGCAUCCCCUGAGCUUUCUCAUCAUCUCAUUCCAACCCGUCCCAACUCUUUGGUGAAGUAGAGUUCUAAUUGGAGGUUCGUCUCCAGGAUUAAUGGGGUGUACACUUCGCCAUUUUUCUCCAGCUUGCUUUUAAACCAUAUUUUUGUUGUUUUGAAUAUCAUCCCCCGAGCUUUGUCGAGAGUAGAGUGGCUCCUCAGCGGAGAACUGACCCAGGGAAUGGCUUUUUCUGAAUCCCAUCAGCACAUCCCUCCCUCAAUUCUAGGAGAAUUUCCUUUUAUUUCACUAGCGUCCUUUGCCAGGUGCUCAAUAAGUAUUUGUUGAUUGAGAGAACAGUAUGACACCUGACACAUAAUGAGCAGUCAGUAUGUCCUGGGCAUUGUGGGAGGUAUUUUCUGUGAGUUAUCUCAUGGAAUUGUCACAACAGACCUCUGACGUAGGUACUAUUAUUGCCCUCAUUUCAUAGAUGAGGAAAUGAACCCGUUAGGGAUAUUUAACUUCUAAAGUCACAAAACUAAAUAGAGGAAGAGUCAGGGCUUGAUGGAAGCCCAUAGCAAUGAAAAAAUUGUGGAGCUUGUCUUCCGUGAAUGACUUACAAUUUAGACAGAAAUUCACCUAGAAAAUGGGAGUUCCACGAAGUUCUGAUUUAUCCCAUGUUCACUAUUGAAUUUUUACUAAAUAUAAAAUUUAACCUCCAAAAAGGUAUUGGUAUCUGAUUUUCUGAUGGUCUCAGCAUGUGAUUAGCCUCCCUUGAGGUAGAGAAAGUAUUUGAACCCAGGAGAUUCAACUCCACACCUGGUCUUCUUACUGUGAUGUUGGGGAGAGGUAAAUGGAUGGAUACUGCUGGGUGUAGUAGGUUGCCAUAGAGACAGUAGGUUGCCGACUUUUCCCUACACUCUCUGUAGUGGGAGUUGGAGCCCUUCUCUCUGUUAAGGAGAAACUAUGGCUCUGCUGCUUGUUUCUGAGUUCACAGUUAAUUGUCUAUAACUGCAACACUCAGAGUGUUCUGUGUUCCAGAGUACGUUUGCUCCCAAGGAUGUCAAUGUUGAUCUGGUGAAUCAUCAAUAAACACUGUUUGCCAAGAA